AUGCAACUUUUUGGUGGUGGGGUUCUUUACAAUAACUCUUCCUCUUCUUUUUGGUGGCGCGACAUGCUAAAGGUUGGUAAUUCUUAUACUUUUCUUAAAGAUCCGUUUGUUGAGUGUUGUAGUUUCAAAGUGGGCAAUGGAUUUAACACUCCGUUUUGGGAGGUUUGUUGGCUUAAUGAUGUAUGUUUGUCGGAGGUUUUCCCGGAACUUUUUGCUAUUUCUUUGUUGAAAAAGGUUUCUGUAGCGGUUAUGAGAGGGUGGAGUGAUGGUAUUUGGAAAUGGGGGGAUUUGGGUAUUUCGGAGGAAGAGGCGGUUGAGGUGGGUUUAUUUUCUAAGUUAUUAGAUUUACGGAAUCUCUUGGAUUCUUUUGAGGGGUGUAAUAUGGAGAAGGAUUUCGUGAGUUGGAAAGUUGAGACGAAUAAGUGUUUUACGGUAUCAUCUUGCUAUAGUCGGUAUGCUUCCCGGCGUAUUCCUUUUGGUCCUAGCAAUAGGAAUGACGAAGUAUUGGAAAAGUUAUGGAAGAUGGAGGUACCUUUCAAAAUCAAGGCCUUUGCUUGGAGACUUUUUGUGAAUAGGCUUCCAACCAAAGAUCUCUUGAAAGUUAGAGGUAUUGCUUUACCUGCUUCUAAUUUAUUAUGUGUUUUUUGUGGGAUACAUUUGGAAGAUAGAGACCAUAUUUUCAUCAAAUGUAAUGUAAUUAAACUUGUUUGGAAAGAUAUUGGUGAGUGGGUGGAUUAUUCGGGUUGGAAGGAGGAAGAUUGCAUUCCGCUUUUUAUGGAAUGGUUUGCCAUGAGUCGUAUGAAAAGAAUUAAAGUAGGCAAAUUGGGGGUGUUAUGGUUGGCCACUUGUUGGAUUAUUUGGUUGACAAGAAAUGGAUUUUGCUUUAAAAAUGAGGUGUGGAAUGUUAAUGAUAUUAUGUGGAAAAUCAAGACUUUGGUGUGGAGACGGUCUUCCUUAGGAGAUAUUACUUAUUCCAAUUGUAACUUUUACGAUUUUUGUAAAGACCCGGUGUCUUUUUUAUCGUGA